CAUGAAUACCUUAGCUUUGUUAAAAACGCACGAGGAAGCAGGUGCGCUGUCAAUGCGUGUGACGUCAUCAAAUGAUCCCGGAGAGAGAAAUGCCGCCAAAACAGACGAAGGCCGCCGGUAACUUCAACAAUAAAGAGCUUUUGGGACGGGAGAUUCGUCGGAAUAGACUCACGCUUUUUAUCCAGCAAUUUGAGAAGGAAGGAACGACUGAACGACCUCGAGGCUAAAAUGGAGAACUUGUUAGCAACGGUGGACAAAGUUUUUAGGGUGGAGCUGAUGAAAAUGCCUCCUUCACUGCAGAGCACUUUGGUGGGGGAUAUUUUAAGUGAGAGUGAAGUUUCUGCUAGCGAAGUAUCCAUAGCCAUGAAGAAUGAGUCACGUGAGAUGUCCCAACCUCUCAGAAGGAUGCCCAGUAGAAAAGUGAAGGCAAUUGAUUCUCCUGUUGCUGCCACAUCAGCCCAGAGUUUGUCUUUUAAAACUCCAAAGGUAGUUAAAGCACCAGAGAGGAGCAGGACAUUAGUUGCCAGUGCCAGCACUGGAAACCUUGUGAGGUCCACUACAGCAGCCAAAAGAGGCCAAGCCCGCUCGACAUGUCGCAAGAUGACAGAUCAGGCUAUUCCAAACCAGAAUGUAUAUAAGCUCAGGUCUGUCGUAUCUGCUGGUGAUCUACCCUGUUCAAUGUCAAGAUCUUCUGCACAUGUCACCGUGACAACGGCACGAGGAGAGACUGUCAGCUUUUCUGAAGAGACAAAGGAUAAAAUUAACUGGGAGUUACUGGAUGAUGUUGCCUGGUGUCAAAUUCAGAAACUUGCGGGUCUGAUGGAGUAUCUUUCACAGCAAAGUCGCUGUCAGCGAUGAGCAGAGAUGGACCAUGGAUUUUCUGUUUCUACUGAAUUAUGUUUUACAGACUGUAAUAUUUGUCUUAUUGGUGUUUUUUUUAACUUGUUAAACUAUAACAAUUGAAUAAAAUUCUUAAAUGUGU